GUAUUUUUUUCCAAUCCAGAGAAUAGUCUCCCUAGGGUGAUUUUAGGCGCCAUUUCUUCUUCGCACCACUACUCGCUCCUUCUGAAGAGAAACCCAAACAAAAAUGGCGUCUUCCUCUUCCAAAACCCUAAUGGAUCUAUUCAAGCAACCUGCAGCAAAGCGGUUAAAACGGGUCUCCUUGCCAUCUUCCGCUGACAACUCAUUCUCAUCUUCAUUGUCGGGUGAAGACGGCGGCAACAAAGACCCCAAAGAUACAAUGCUAACGUCCGAGCAAAAGUCGAGAAUGGAGUUCAAUAAAUCGCUUGCAAAGGCCAAAAUGAACCUCAAACUAUGCUCUGAUAAAGUCUCCAAGUUAAACGCAAAUGGUGAUGGCAUAGGAUAUGUGAAGUUAGAGGAACUGUUGGUUGAGGAGACAUGGUUGGAAGCACUGCCAGGGGAAUUUCAGAAGCCCUAUGCAAAGAACUUGUGCAGAUUUCUUGAAAAGGAAAUUAGUGGUGGUGUCCCAAUUUACCCCCCACAGCAUCUGAUUUUUAAUGCUCUUAAUACUACUUCAUUUGACAGGGUAAAGGCUGUCAUCAUAGGACAGGAUCCGUAUCAUGGGCCAGGUCAGGCAAUGGGCCUCUCUUUCUCGGUGCCUAGAGUUGUGAAAGUCCCUUCGAGUCUGGUGAACAUAUAUAAAGAACUUAAGCAAGAUUUGGGUUGUUCAAUACCACUCCAUGGAAAUCUGGAACAAUGGGCUUUACAGGGUGUUCUGCUUCUUAAUGCUGUUCUUACAGUUAGGCAUCACCAGGCAAAUUCUCAUGCAAAUAAAGGCUGGGAGCAAUUUACAGAUGCUGUCAUCAAAACAAUUUCUCAGAAGAAAGAAGGAGUUGUUUUCAUUCUGUGGGGAAACUAUGCCCAAGCAAAAGCCAGGUUAGUUGAUGAAACAAGGCACCAUGUUCUCAAAUCAGCACACCCUUCUGGUUUGUCUGCAAACAGAGGCUUCUUUGGAUGUCGGCAUUUUUCACAGACAAACCAACUUUUGGAGAAGAUGGGAAUACCUCCUGUUGAAUGGCAACUUUAAGCUGCUAUGCAACCAUCACUUUCGGAAUGCUACUGCCGCGAGAGUUUGCCACUAAGAAGUGAUUCUUCUAGGGAGGCCUAUCUUGGAACGCUCUUGCAGUAAAUGGAAAUUUGGAUAUGGUUUUGCUGCUUCUUCCUGUUUUUCCAUUCUCCUGUCAAGUUUUUUAAUUUGGUUCCUGAUAUUUUGUUAUACUAUGUCCGCGGCAUGUAUAUAUACAACUGCUUUCUAAUUAAAAACGAUAUACUUUUAGUUGUCAAAAGGUUAA